AUGAUUGAAGCAGAUUGCGUAUGCCACAUCUAUUUGGCGUGCUCGUACGCGACCAGCGGCCCGCCCUCUUCCGGGGGCGGAGGCGCCCCACCGGCGCCUUCACCGCCUCCCCCAUCUGUGCAGCCCACACUUAAAGUGAUGCGGCUGUACAAGCCCAAGCUCUACGUGCAGGGCGCCAACGGGGGCUCCAUGCUGCCCACGUCCAUGUCGGAGGCGACGGCUUCGCAGCACGAGUUCGCGCUGUCCAGUAUGCUCAUCCUGCCCGACAGCUUCGGAGAGAUCUUCCUGGGCAACACCUUCAGCAGCUACAUCAGCGUCAUCAACCCGUACUCGUGCGAGCUGCGCGACGUGGGGCUGUCUGCCAAUAUCCAGUGUGCCAAUGACCGCGUGGAGUUGCACGACAAUCGCUACGCGAGAACGGGGAAGCUGCCGCCGCCGAAUCCUGUGGCCGUGCUGCCUGCCGGUUCCAGUCUCGAUAUGGUGGUGGAUUAUCCUCUCAAUCAAGUGGGCAACCACGUGCUUCGAGUGGGUGUGGCUUACGUGGACCCGAUCACGGGGGAGAGCAAGUCGCUGCGCAAGUUUUACCGGUUCGCGGUGCAGAAUCCCUUGGUUAUCACGUUCAAGCAGAACUCGGCCACGGGUCAGGCGCUGAAGGGGGAAGCAAUUGUCGAGGCGCAGAUUAGGAAUGUGUCCAAGUUGCCGCUUUUCGUGGAUAGCAUCAAAUUCUUGCCAUUGCCGCCGUUUACGUCGGAGGAGAUGGGGGUGGAUCCUGUGGGCAAGAAAGCGGAAGGGGAGCAAGCGUCGAUUCAAGACUUGCUGUCGGUGAAUAGUUCCCCGCAGACCCUUGUGUACCCGCAGGAGGAGCUUCAGCGCGUCUUCCGCGUCUCGUACGACCCCGCUUCUGACCCGACGUUGCUGUCAUCAGCGCAGGGCUCCCAAAACCUUGGGCGACUACAUGUGGGGUGGAAGACAUCGAUGGGAGAAGCAGGUUCGGUCCAAAGCCAACCGGUGAUGCGGAAGACUCCGGGUGCUGCUGGACAUGGCGGGGCAGGGCACAGCGAAGUGGCUGUUGCUGUCGAAGAGCUGCCCAAAGAAGUUAUGGUUGGCCAACCGUUCUUGGUGGCCGUGUCCGUGACAAACAAAUCCAUGCAUAGCCUGGCGCUCCAACUGCAAUUUCGCAAGGAACUUAUGCAUGGCAUGGUGUGCUCUUCCGCGUCUCACCAGAAUCUUGGUGUGAUGGACGCAAAAACGUCGAAAACUAUGUGGGUCGAGUUCUUGCCUAUGGUGGGUGACAUCCGGUCGGGCCAGGAGUUCGCUCAGUCGGCUGUGUUGGCGCACGUGCUGGUUGCUCCUCCCCCGCAAGGCCCUUGA